AUGACAUCACUCAAGAAGAAGAGUAGGAGGAAGCCUUCUUCCCAGGCCCUGGGGAAUAUUGUUGGCUGCAGAAUUUCUCACGGGUGGAAGGAAGGUAAUGAGCCUGUCACCCAUUGGAAGGCCAUCAUUCUAGGUCAACUGCCAACAAACCCUUCUCUUUAUUUGGUGAAGUAUGACGGAAUUGACAGUGUCUACGGACAGGAGCUCCACAGCGAUGAGAGGAUUUUAAAUCUUAAGGUCUUGCCUCCCAAAGUAGUUUUUCUUCAGGUGAGGGAUGUCCACCUCGCCAGCGCCCUGGUUUGCAGAGAGGUACAACACAAAUUUGAGGGGAAAGAUGGCUCUGAGGACAACUGGAGUGGGAUGGUGCUAGCCCAGGUGCCAUUCUUACAGGACUAUUUUUACAUUUCCUACAAGAAGGAUCCGGUCCUCUACGUCUAUCAGCUCCUGGAUGACUACAAGGAAGGUAACCUCCACAUCAUUCCAGAGACCCCUCUGGCUGAGGCGAGAUCAGGUGAUGACAAUGACUUCUUAAUAGGUUCCUGGGUGCAGUACACCAGAGAUGAUGGAUCCAAAAAGUUCGGAAAGGUUGUUUACAAAGUUCUAGCCAAUUCUACUGUGUACUUUAUCAAAUUUCUCGGUGACCUACAUAUCUAUGUCUAUACUCUGGUGUCAAAUAUCACUUAA